UGCUGUCUAACAUCCGUCUCUGCGUCACAGCUUUCUUCUCCACAUCAUGGCCUCUCGUAAGAAGGUGCUGCUCAAAGUGAUCAUCCUAGGGGAUUCUGGAGUUGGGAAGACCUCUUUGAUGAACCAGUAUGUGAAUAAUAAGUUCAGUAAUCAGUAUAAGGCCACAAUCGGAGCCGACUUCCUGACUAAGGAGGUGAUGGUGGACGACAGACUGGUCACCAUGCAGAUUUGGGACACGGCGGGUCAGGAGCGCUUUCAGUCUCUGGGCGUGGCGUUCUACAGAGGGGCGGACUGCUGCGUGCUGGUGUACGACGUCACGGCACCAACUACAUUCAAGACUAUGGACAGCUGGAGGGACGAGUUUCUCAUUCAGGCCAGUCCUCGUGACCCGGAGAACUUCCCCUUUGUUGUGCUGGGCAACAAAAUCGACCUGGAGAACCGGCAGGUGACGACAAAGCGAGCUCAAGCGUGGUGUCAGAGUAAGAACAACAUCCCCUAUUUUGAGACCAGUGCCAAAGAAGCCAUUAACGUGGACCAGGCCUUCCAAACUAUCGCUCGCAAUGCACUCAAACAGGAGUCGGUGGAGACGUAUGACUUCCCUGACCAGAUUAAUCUAAGAGACGACAGACCUGUGUCUAGCAGUGAUGGCUGCAGCUGCUGAAGGAAAGACCAAACUGGGGACUGGAAGAGAAAGAG